GCCUGGGUGGCGGGGGGUGGGUGGCCUGUGGGCGUGUCGGGGGGUGGGGCAGUGCGCCCACCCCAGUCUCUUGGCGUGCUGGAGGGCAUCCUGGAUGGAAUUGAAGUGAAUGGAACAGAAGCCAAGCAAGGUGGAGUGUGGGUCAGACCCAGAGGAGAACAGUGCCAGGUCACCAGAUGGAAAGCGAAAAAGAAAGAACGGCCAAUGUUCCCUGAAAACCAGCAUGUCAGGGUAUAUCCCUAGUUACCUGGACAAAGACGAGCAGUGUGUCGUGUGUGGGGACAAGGCAACCGGUUAUCACUAUCGCUGUAUCACUUGUGAGGGCUGCAAGGGCUUCUUUCGCCGCACAAUCCAGAAGAAUCUCCAUCCCACCUAUUCCUGCAAGUAUGACAGCUGCUGUGUCAUCGACAAGAUCACCCGGAAUCAGUGCCAGCUGUGCCGCUUCAAGAAGUGCAUCGCCGUGGGCAUGGCCAUGGACUUGGUUCUAGACGAUUCAAAGCGGGUGGCCAAACGCAAGCUGAUUGAGCAGAACCGGGAGCGGAGGCGAAAGGAAGAGAUGAUCCGAUCCCUGCAGCAGCGACCAGAGCCCACUCCGGAAGAGUGGGACCUGAUCCACGUUGCCACGGAGGCCCAUCGCAGCACCAAUGCCCAGGGCAGCCAUUGGAAGCAGAGGCGAAAAUUCCUGCCGGAUGACAUUGGCCAGUCACCCAUUGUCUCCAUGCCGGACGGAGACAAGGUAGACCUAGAGGCCUUUAGUGAGUUUACCAAGAUCAUCACCCCGGCCAUCACCCGUGUGGUGGACUUUGCCAAAAAACUGCCCAUGUUCUCCGAGCUGCCUUGCGAAGACCAGAUCAUCCUACUGAAAGGGUGCUGCAUGGAGAUCAUGUCCCUGCGGGCAGCUGUCCGCUAUGACCCCGAGAGUGAUACCCUGACACUGAGUGGGGAGAUGGCGGUUAAGCGGGAGCAGCUCAAGAAUGGCGGCCUGGGUGUAGUCUCAGAUGCCAUCUUUGAACUGGGCAAGUCACUCUCUGCCUUUAACCUGGAUGACACGGAAGUGGCUCUGCUGCAGGCUGUGCUGCUAAUGUCAACAGACCGCUCCGGCCUGCUCUGCGUGGACAAAAUCGAGAAGAGUCAGGAGGCGUACCUGCUGGCAUUUGAGCACUACGUCAACCACCGCAAACACAACAUUCCGCACUUCUGGCCCAAGCUGCUGAUGAAGGUGACUGACCUCCGCAUGAUCGGGGCCUGCCACGCCAGCCGCUUCCUCCACAUGAAAGUCGAGUGCCCCACCGAACUCUUUCCCCCGCUCUUCCUCGAGGUCUUUGAGGAUCAGGAAGUCUAAAGCCUCAGGCGGGCCAGAGGGGUGUGCGGAGCUGGUGGGGGAGGAGCCUGGAGAGAAAGGACAGAGCUGGGGGCUGAGGGAGAAACCCCCCCACCUCUUCUCUCUCUUCCUCCCAUC